GAAAUGACCACAAAUCCUAUCGAACUCGAGUCCUGCAUUAUUGAUCAGAUACGAUGCCCAGAAUGCGCCCUAACAUGUCUACAAAAGAAUAUCUAUCGUCACAUGACACAGAUUCAUAAUUGGACAACUGAAGAUUGUCAGGAACUGAUUGCCGCUAUAAAAUCUGAAAAAAAGAGCCGAGCAUCUAGCACAUCGUUUGUUUGCUGCCACUGUAGGAUGAUAUUUCGAAGUGUCAAGCAUCUGGUUCAGCAUAAAAAGAUGUGCACUGAACAACCGCAACAUGACAACGAGCAUCUUGAUGUUUAUAUAGAUGAAAUGAUUGUUGAAGGAGAAGAAGAAGUUGUUGGAAUCAAUGAAUAUGAUAUCAAUGAAACUAAAGAAUCUACACAAAAACCAUCCACAUCAUCUGGAGAUAGUUUCGAGAUGAAUAUUCCGCCACAUCGACAAGCUUCUCGUCCAAUCCAGCCACAUCAUUUAACGCAGGAAUGCCAAAUUGCCACCAUUAUUGAAAAACCUUCAAAAUUCUCGUUAAUGCAACUACCAGGAAAAUAUCGUGGAUGUAAUUUAAAAUGUCCCGAAUGUUCGAGUACAUCAGAGUCGUUGGAUGAAUUUUUACUGCAUUGCCGUCAAGAACACAUGUCCCAUGAUCAGAAGUUUAAUUUAGAACGAGAGUUUUUCCAAUCAAGAGACCAGUUUAAGGAAUGGUUCGAUCAGAGACAGGAGGACACAUGUACAUCGUUGACAAAACGUACAGGACAUGCUGGAGAAACACUUUAUAGGUGUCAUCGUGUCGGAAAGUAUCAAAGUGUCGCAAAAUCCAGGAAAUCGAAUCCCAGGAAGAUUGACCAGACUUGUACAGCAUAUUUGAAAGUCACAACAGAAGAGGACGGUUCAACUUGGGCAACUGGAUGCUUUACUCAUAUCGGACAUGAUCUUGAUCACAAACUUCUAUGGCUCACCGAAUCUCAGGAAAAAUAUGUUCGUGAGCUAAUUGACUUGGGAUGGACUUCUGAUCAGAUCUUCUUCUUUAUUCGGAAUGAGUACAAGGACUACGAGUGUAAAUUAAAAUAUAUCUCAAAGAAUGAUAUUAGAAAUAUCACAGUUCGGUACAAUAGAGAACGGGAGAAGCUUGGUUUUUUAACGGACACUGCAAAAUCUUCUGCGAUUCCGAUUAGUUUGAAAGAGCGGCGAGCCGUUGCUGCAGAUAGUACGAAAGAACCGAGAGAAGAAGAUGAUGAUGAGGUUAAGGCGAAAAUUCCAAGGAUGCAAAGCAAACCUGAUAACAUUGAAAAGGCAACUACUUCAGAAAAUAAUUCUGCAAAACAUCGCGAACAAGUUGUGGAUUCAGAAACUGCGGAAGAAGAUGAAUAUAUCAACGUAGUUGAUGUGGAUACGAUGCCACCAAACGAUGCUGGAAAAAUCACAAUUGGCUUAAAUUUUUAGUCGAUUUAAUACAUUUUUGCGAUAUUAAAUAUGUUGUUCUUGUUAUUUAUUCAUAUCAUGAAAGUUUAUUAGAUAA